GUACUAGCGAAACAAGAGUGGUGACUGGCGUUCACUUCACCUGCGCUGGCGUCAGUAUCACUCAGUGAACAGACCCUGACGAUUCCUUUCAGCCGCGUUUAAACUCGAACGGUAUUUGUGAACAACCAUCAACGUCACUCCAUAAUGACACAAAGAAGGCUACUGGUUGGCGCCAUUGUGGCCAUCUCCCUCGCGUCGGUAGUCACCUGCGCGCAGAUCGAAGACCCUUGCAAGACGAAGUCACGCGUAGUCGGCGACGACAAAUACUGCGACAAGUACUGGGAGUGUGACAACGGCCAGUCGGUGCAGUACGACUGUCCUAACGGCCUGGUGUUCGCUGGGAAGCACAGAGGCGUGACUGAGGGCUGCGACUACCCGUGGAGGUCGAACUACUGCGAGUACCCUAAGGUCCAGAUAAAUCCCCCGAUCGGCACGGAGCACUGCGACUGGCUGUACGGCAUCUUCGGGCACGAGACCUCCUGCACGCGCUAUUGGACGUGCUGGAACGGCACGGCCACCGAGCAGCUCUGCAUCGGCGGGCUACUCUACAACGAGCACGCGCAUUCCUGCGACUGGCCCGAGAACGUCGAUGGAUGCCAGAAACACCCUCUCUGCAACGAAGACCCUAAUGGCAAUGUGCCUUUAGGCAAAUCCUGCAACCGCUACUGGCAAUGCCAAGGGGGCUACCCACGUCUUCAGCGCUGCCCAGCCAUGUUGGUGUUCGACCGCCGUUCGCUGCGCUGUGUGGUGCCUCCCACCGAGGAAUGUGAUAUCCCCACCACUACUCCAUCACCGCCGGAAGAUGAGCCUAGAGAGAGACAGAACCAACGGCCCAACAACGAGUACCAGGAGCAGUCGCAGCAACGCCCCAGGCCCAGGAACUGAGGCUGGACUGACACAAAGUACGAGAAGACAAAUAAACUAGGCUAGUCCAAACAAUCACCGCUAGAUGGCGUUAUUUUCAAUUGGGACAAGAGUGUCGGUUAGGAAAGCUACUCUUUUAAUUAAAAAAAAAAAAAACAAAUAGAAGCGUUUCUAAGGGAUGUUAGAGAAAUAUCUGUUGGCUAUGUGCACAACUAUUGAUCACCUGCUAUAUUACAUAUUAUCGAUUCAAAAGUUUUAAGACCUACAGAAUGAAAGUGUCGAAAAAAAUAAGUCUAAAGACUCGUUUAUGGUCAUCUUGUAUUUUUUUUAGUUUAUAAGACCUCCCUUCUCUCUUCUUUUUCAUUGUAUUCGGUCAGUGUGAAUUUUCCCACCAUAAAACUGAAAUUUUAGUUGCUAAGUGUGUUUGGAUGGUUUCGACCUGUCAUUUUUAUUAUACUGUAUCACCCUUAUACAUCAUGAGAAACAUGUGUUGAAAAAACUGUGAUUCUUAAAACAACAUUCUCUCAUUCAUUCACUUUCAUUCAUUCAUUCUCUUGUGUAUGUUAUUCUUGAUUCAACGCCUUCCUUUUAUUAUUAGGAAUUAGAUGUAGACAGGUUUGUGCUAGAGAAUCAAGGUUUAAAAAUAAUUUAAUGAUUUACUUUCUUAAUUCAAUAAAUAUAAGUACAUUACCUCCAAAGUUAUGCCUUGGAAUAAAAUAAACAUAAUGAAAUAGUGAAAAUGACAGAUCACUGCCAAGUUUUUAAAGUAAAAUCAUGUAGUUGGUAAAUAUUGUUAAUUCAUUACAUUAUGAUAAAUACUCAUUGUCACCAGAUUCACUAGAAUCCUUUCACUUUAGUCAUAGGUAUUUGUUAGUCUACUGUUCUAAAUUUAAAUAAAAAUACUAUUAAGAGA